AUGGAGCUGCAUAUAAUUAUUCUCUCUCUAGCCAUUGUUCUCUCUACUGGUACUGAAUUUGAACAUGAAGUAAACCAGAUUCAAGUAUGUUCCAAUACAGAACAAGAGUUUUUUAUUGGAUAUGAUGGAGAGGAAAUAUGGCAUGCUGACAUUGCACAUAGGAGAGGAGUCAAGACAACACCCAGUUUUGCACAAUAUGCAGUAAUCCCUGAUAUUUAUGAACGUGCCCUUGCUUUUUUAGAUUUUUGCAAAUACGAUUUGCAUGCCUAUAUCAAAUAUUUCAACAACCCACCACCAGAAAUGGAUGCACCGCAGACGUCCAUCUAUUCAAAGGGUAAUGUACAGCUGGGAAUUCAGAACACCCUUGUCUGUCAUGUGACUGGCUUCUAUCCUCCGUUUGUCAACAUCUCAUGGACUAAGAAUAAUGUUAUUGUGACAGAGGGUAUGAGUUUAAGUCAGUACCAUCCAAGGGUAGAUGGCACUUUCAACAUUUUCUCCACUCUUAAGUACACACCUGCUGAAGGAGACAUUUACAGCUGUACAGUGAAUCACAGAACUCUUCAGGGCCAACCUCAGACCAGAAUAUGGGAUGUUGAUGUUGUCCUCCCAAACUUUGGUCCAUCAGUGUUCUGUGGAGUGGGUCUGACUAUUGGACUCUUGAGUGUCGCUAUCGAAACUUUCUUUCUUUUUAAAAGAAAAAAGAGCAACUGACAAUGGAUCAAUCGAAGCAAACUUCAGUAAUGAUCUUUAACUGUAUUUCAACCUAAUAUUCCACUAAACUUUCAUUCUUCAAGUACCAUAGUUAAUAAUAUAUUUAUAAAAAUGUGUACACAUAAA